AUGGGGUUGAUAUCGGGAAUGUUGAUGGGAAUUGUUUUCGGGAUCGCGUUGAUGGCUGGUUGGCAGCAAAUGAUGCGGUACAGGAGCAACAAGCGCAUUGCUAAGGCAGUUGAUAUUAAAUCAUUAAGCUCUCUCAACAGGGAUGAUUUGAAGAAAAUCUGUGGCGAAAAUUUUCCAGAAUGGAUAUCUUUUCCUGUUUUUGAACAGGUGAAAUGGCUAAACAAGCAAUUGAGUAAACUGUGGCCAUUUGUUGCAGAUGCAGCAGAGGCUAUUAUAAAAGAUUCUGUCGAACCUUUAUUGGAAGAAUAUCGACGUCCAGGCAUUACAUCAAUGAAGUUUAGCAAACUGUCUCUUGGAACUGUGGCUCCGAAGAUUGAAGGUAUUCGUGUCCAGAGCCUUAAGGAAGGUCAAAUUACAAUGGACAUUGACCUCCGAUGGGGUGGUGAUCCAAGUAUUAUUUUAGCCAUUGAGGCUGCACUUGUUGCUUCUAUCCCGAUUCAGUUGAAGGAUCUUAAAGUUUUUACAGUAGUUCGUGCAAUUUUCCAGCUUGCAGAAGAAAUUCCUUGCAUCUCUGCAGUUGUGGUUGCUCUACUUGCUGAGCCCAAGCCAAGAAUUGAUUAUACUCUGAAGGCUAUUGGUGGAAGUUUAACGGCCAUUCCUGGGCUUUCAGAUAUGAUUGAUGAUACUGUUACUUCAAUCAUCACAGAUAUGCUUCAAUGGCCCCACAGGAUUGUUGUUCCUAUUGGUGGCAUACCUGUAGACACCAGGGAGUUGGAGCUUAAGCCACAGGGAAAUCUUACAGUUACUGUAUUGAGGGCAAACAACUUGAAAAACAAGGAGUUGAUUGGAAAAUCUGAUCCCUACGUUGUUGUGUACAUUCGUCCACUUUUCAAGGUCAAAACCAAGGUUAUUGAUAACAACCUGAAUCCUGUUUGGAACGAAAAGUUUGAGCUAAUCGUAGAAGACAAGGAGACACAGUCUCUUAUUGUUGAGGUCUUUGAUAAAGACGUUGGACAAGAUGAGCGAUUGGGCGUUGCAAAGUUACCUCUGAUUGAGCUGGAAGCUGAGAAUUCAAAAGAAAUUGAAUUAAGGCUGCUGCCAUCACUUGAUAUGCUUAAAAUCAAAGACAAGAAGGAUAGAGGAACUCUUACAAUUCAGGUGUUUUAUCAUGAAUUUAACAAGGAAGAGCAAUUGGUUGCCCUUGAAGAAGAGAAGAGGAUCCUGGAAGAAAGAAAGAAACUGAAAGAAGCUGGAGUUAUUGGGAGCACUAUGGAUGCCCUAGACGGUGCUGCCUCACUGAUUGGUUCUGGUGUUGGUGUGGUGGGUACAGGUAUCGGUGCUGGAGUUGGACUCGUGGGAAGUGGCAUAGGUGCUGGUGCAGGAAUUGUUGGUAGUGGUCUUGGAGCCUUCAGCAGUGGUCUAAGUAAAGCUGGAAAGUUCAUGGGCAGGACAAUUACAGGGCAAUCUAAUGCUUCUAAGAGGAGCGGCUCCUCCACGCCAGUGAACUCUGUCCAAGAAAAUGUGGACUGGUGUGAAAAAUUGGCAACACAAUACAAGUGGUGCAACGGAGCUGACGUCGUUACUGCAUCGGAGAUAGCGAGUGUAGCGGUCAUCGCUGUUGCAGCAAUGGAGAUGGUGGUAGGUGUGAGCGUCGAUUUAGGGCUACAAUGGUUGUCCAGUAGCAAUGGAGUCUGGGGACAACAGCGAUUUCGCUGCUGGGAAAGCGCUUUCCCUGCAGCAAUUUCUCUGCCUUUUAGACUCGCAGGCUUCACAGAAUUUUCUGCCAAAGCAACUCCAAUUCAAUUAACUCCAGUACAACAGAGAACCUCAAUUCUUAAAAUUGCAUUGGAAUCGUACCGGAGUUCAGCCUGA